AUGGGCCACUUCACCUGGUGCUCCCGCUGCGCAGGCGGCUUAAGCAUGUUGGCAUUGAUUGGCCUCUCAUAUUGGGUUAUAUCCCGAGAGUCGAUGGUUGAAAACUACGGAUUCAUCGUAUAUAGGGGUGCAAGUACCAAAGAUGGAAGUUAUUCUUCAAAAACCACCGCUGCCGGUGCUGGUAUAUGGACUUUCAUCUUCGCUUACUAUUGCCUCUUGAUCCAUUUUCUGGUUGCCCUGUUCCCUCUACGAGCUUGUUGGUCCAUUUGGGCCAUUACAAAGUUACUUAAACAAUCUGCGCAAAGCAGAGCUCUUCAAGAUUACAAAACCUCUGGCCUUCGCCGCCAAAGCUCUUCGUCUUCGAUCACCAGUUCAGAGACGUUAUCUUCUAGCGACAGCGACAAUGUUUUUUCAACGGCAAGCGAAUUCACUGAUUCCGAAUCCGAGCUUUUCGCCGAAGGUAAUGAUAGCGCCCGGAGCAGCCCCGUCAUCCAUGCCAUCGUCAUCCCCAACUACAAAGAAGAGAUGGAAACUCUCAGAGAGACUCUGGACGUCUUAGCUUCUCACCCUCAAGCUUACAGUUGCUACGAUGUCUACCUUGGUAUGGAACUAAGAGAAGCUGGGGUGGAAUCAAAGGCUUUGAGCCUCGUCCAGCAUUAUGUGAAAAAGUUCCGAUCUAUUGAUUAUACGCUGCAUCCGGCAGAUAUUCCCGGCGAAGCUGCCGGCAAGGGCAGCAACUUGGCCUGGGCGGCCCGCAAGCUCAGCUCCAACUAUACAAUGUCUAUCCGCAAGAAUGUCAUUGUUACUGGUAUUGACGCUGACAGCCACCUCUCGUCGCGAUACUUUGCCCAAAUCUCCAAUAUGCAUAUGGAUACGAUCUAUAAAGAGACAGCUUCCACGACCCUAUACGCUGCUCCUAUAAUUUUCGACAGGAAUGCCCACAGCGUCAGUGCUAUUGUUCGCGUAGCCGAUAUUCUCUGGUGCGCCGCCGGAAUGUCUGGUCUGUACAGCAGCUCUGUCAUCGCCCCUCCUACAUCUGUAUACUCCCUGCCGUUAGAGCUAGUUGACCGUGUUGGUGGCUGGGACUGUGACUCUGAGGCCAUUGGAGAAGAUCUGCAUAUGUUUAUCAAAUGCUUCUUCGCUGUGAAUGGGCACCUUACCUGCCGCACAGUGCUCAGCCCCGUUAGCCAGACCAACGUGUCUGGAGGUGGGAAUGGUGGCUUUCGAGGCGCGCUGAUGGACAUGAAGGCCCGUUAUAAGCAGGCAAUUCGGCACAUGUGGGGUGCGUUGGACAGCGGAUUUGCAUUGCGCAAAGCUUUUGAGAUGUGGAAAGACAGGAAACACACCUGCAGAGCUUUCCGUCCUUUACACAAGACUGGCCGUGGCGACAGCCUUGAUGGGUAUUUUCCCGAAGCCCAGCUUGAGGCAGGCUCGGAGCUUCCAACCGAGAAUGACGCAUUCUCUGAUAUAACGAGAGACACACUGAAAGAGCCUCACUGGGAACACAUUUUCUACUUGGCUCACCGUCUGUUUGAAGCACACUUUCUGCCCCUUCACAUGAUGAUCCUGGUGGUUGCAUCUACUCUGUACACAUGGGUUACAGAGGGUGGUGAAGACCCCAACAACUUGUCGUGGAUCUUUUCGACUUGCAAAGUUCUCCGGCCGAUGGGGCUCGUGGAGGUGGCAGUCUAUAUGCUCAUCUACGAGAGCUUCCACCGAGUCUGCGUGAGCGCCCGCGAGAGGGACAUGGCCCAAGCCGGGUUGGCCGAUGGCAUGUGCUUUUCUCAUCGCUCUCUGAAGCAGAAUUUUAUCGAUUAUUUCCUGGUGCCUGCGGUUGCUCUUUUAUAUGGCACCUUGCCAUGCGCCCAGGCGGAAAUUUCGCAUUUCUGGACGGCCGACUUGGAAUACGCUGUUAGCAAGAAAGCUGUACGACAGCGAGCCAAGUCUGUGACUAUAGAAGAUGUUGUUUGA